AUGGCCAUCGCCGGCCACCACAAACCGAACCCCGACGCCAACCUCUUCCGCCUUUGUCCUUUUUGGAGUUCUGGCAACACACAAAACCAAUCCCAAGCAAACGCUCAAAAAUCCCCUAAAACGGUGUCGUCUGUAGCAAGGUCGUUGUUGCUACCUCCCCGCCGUAGACUCCGUCUUGACCCUUCCAAUCACCUCUACUUUCCAGAUGAACCGGGUAAGCAGGUUAAAAGUGCUGUUCGAUUAAAAAACACUAGCAAGUCUAGUGUUGCUUUCAAGUUUCAAACUACUGCACCAAAAAGUUGUUACAUGCGGCCUCCUGGUGGAAUUCUUGCACCUGGGGAAAGUGUUAUUGCAACUGUGUUUAAAUUUGUGGAACAACCUGAAAACAAUGAAAAAAUGUCAGAUCAGAAGAACAAGGUCAAGUUCAAAAUCAUGAGUCUCAAAGUGAAACAAGGGGUGGACUAUGUGCCUGAGCUGUUUGAUGAACAAAAGGAUCUAGUUACAGUGGAACGAGUCUUGGGAGUUGUAUUUUUAGAUCCAGAACGACCAAGUCCCGCUUUGGAAAAACUGAAAAGACAAUUGGCUGAAGCUGAUGCUGCACUCGAAGCUCGGAAGAAGCCUGCUGCAGAGACAGGUCCUCGAGUUGCUGCUGAAGGUCUUGUCAUUGAUGAAUGGAAAGAACGAAGGGAAAAGUACCUGGCCCGACAGCAAGUUCAAACAGUAGAAUCAGUGUAA